AUGGCGUCCGACCAAGUGAGGCAGAACAGCCUUAUCAUCACAUCAUGUUUCUUCACAGCAAUUUCUACCAUGGUUGUGAUUGCGCGUAUGUUUAUUCGGGCUGUUCUUAUUCGCAAAGCCGGCCUCGAUGACUAUUGCAUGAUCAUUGGAAUGGUAUUCACUCUCGCCUAUCUCGCAGAGAUCUUCGUCGGCAAGGCGAAUCAUAUUGGCUUUCCCUCCAAAGAUCUGAGCCUUGACAAUAUGACAAAUCUUCUCAAGGACACCCUCGCAAUUCAAGUCACGUACUACGUUUGCAUAUCUGCAAUCAAGAUAUCUAUCUUGUGCAUGUAUCUCAGAUUUGCUGGCGUCAGAUCUCUCAACAUUCUCUGCAUAUGCACCAUUGCGUUUCACCUAUUAUUCUUUGUCAUAUGUGUUGGAGUCACUCUAUCUCAAUGUCAACCACUUUAUGACAUGUGGGACCUGACUGGGACCGUCGAUGGAGUGUGUAUCAAUACCACCGCCUUUUUCUACUUCUCAUCCGGAUUCAACAUCGUGACCGAUAUCUGGAUUCUCAUCCUUCCGAUUAAGACUCUCAUGGGCAUCCUACGGCCUAGAAGGGAAAAGAUUGCCCUGGGCAUCAUAUUCGGCGUCGGCGUGUUCGCAACUAUAACAUCCAUCGUACGACUAUAUACCAUCUACACCUAUACCCUCGCAAAGGAUCCUUUCCAGCAGAGCAUCCUGAUCAACAUCUGGUCCAUGCUAGAGAUCAACAUUGGCAUAAUAUGCGCUAGCGUUCCCGCGCUGAAGCCCCUUUUUACUCCUCGUGCCCUGCGAGAAGCAGCAGGCCGAAACAAACCAGGGGGAUAUCAGCAUCAUGGACAGAAACGAUCAGGGACUCAUUUGAAUGAUUACAGGUCGAAAGGCCGAACACAAACCCCCUGCAGCUUAGACAGAGCGGGUGGCCAAGGAAACCCAACGACGGUGUCACAGGACACGUCAAGUAAAUCAGGCAGUGAGGACAGUAUCCUUGGGGUCUGA